GUCGAGUUAUUAAAGUGUAAGACCCCCUUGUAAGAAAAAAAGCAAAAUUGCAAGAAGUGACUAAUAUUAAGCAUAAAACCGAAGAAAUUUAAUAAAUGUAAGUGUUAAAAAUAACCAGCGAUGGAGUUAAAGACGGUAGAAAGACAUAAAACAAUAGUAGAACAAGAAUUAUAUUUUCUGGUAGCAAAAUUUCUAUUAGAAUCACCGUACAGAAAAGCAGGAGAGGCGUUAAUUGAAGAAUUGGAAAACUCAGGAGACCUGCCUGAUCGCAUUGAUUGGGAAGGACAGACACAUAAGCAAGGAUUUCGUGAAUUGGCGGCAAAAUAUCGUCAUAUUGGACCGAAUCAUUUGCUACAAAUAUGUUCGCGAUUACCAGCACUUUUGGAAAAACAGCCUGGAUUGUCACCGACUGUUCCUUUAUUGGUGACACUUUUAGGAGCAGGACGACAGAGCUUGCUAAGAACACCGCAAAGUAUUACAAAGCCACGAUCGUUGACAGAAUAUUGUACAAGAAUUCAUGGAGCACCGCUUAUGGAUGCAAUCAAUAGAAAUAAAAACAACAAUAUUGUCAAUGUGCUGCUUGGAAGACAAAGUGGUGGUCCAUUGAUUCGGAAGCAAGCAAUUACUUCUAGCUUUUAUACUAAAACAACUAUUUUAAGACAGACUUUAGGUCAUUUAUCUGCAGUUUAUUGUGUUCUAUUCGAUCGAAGUGGACAAUAUAUCGUCACGGGAGCUGACGAUUUACUUGUUAAGUUAUGGAGUGCCAUUGAUGGUCGAUUGCUGACGACAUUUCGUGGAGCAUCAGCGGAAAUUACAGAUAUAGCUAUAAAUCUGGAAAAUACAAUGAUUGCUGCCGGAUCAAUUGACAGAGUUUUGCGUGUCUGGGAUUUACAAAAUGCCAGUGUAAUUGCAGUUCUUUGUGCACAUAGUGGAAUGAUUACAUCAGUUAAUUUUUGUCCGAACCCAAGAAGUGAUUUUAAGUUUUUAGUAACAACGAGUACGGAUGGAUCUGUAGCUUUUUGGCAAUAUACUCAACCGCGCAAUCAGAAGCCAAUUUUUCAAAUAAAACCGACACAAUAUCAUGAGAAAUUGAGACCUGGACAAGCACAAAUGAUUUGUGCUUCAUUUUCACCCGGUGGAAUGUUUUUAGCCGCAGGUUCUGCAGAUCAUCAUGUUCGUGUCUAUAUUAUGGCGGAAGAUGGACCGAAGAGAAUAUUAGAAAUAGAAUCACAUACAGAUACAGUUGAUUCCAUUCAAUGGGCACACACUGGAUUAAAAUUUGUCAGUGGAUCAAAAGAUGGAACAGCACUUUUAUGGCGUUUUGAAACUCAGCAGUGGAAAUAUGAAAAGCUUAAUAUGAGUGAUAGAUUAGCGACAUGUCCUGUACCAGAACAAGGCACAGCUGAUGCAAAGAAAGGAUUAAAAGUAACAAUGGUAUCGUGGGAUCGUUCCGAUGAUUGGGUAGUUACUGCUGUCAAUGAUCACAGCAUUAAAGUUUGGAAUACUAAGACUGCCAAAUUACAUAAUGUCCUUCGAGGACAUACCGACGAAUUGUAUGUAUUAGAAUCUCAUCCAAAAGAUCCGCAUGUUUUACUCAGUGCAGGACAUGAUGGACAGCUAUUUUUGUGGGAUAUUUAUAAAGGUGAAAAAUUGGCAAGUUUCAUGAAUAGAAUUGAAGGUCAAGGUCAUGGAGGCAUUUUUGAUGCUAAAUGGUCGCCCGAUGGAACUAUGAUUGCAGCUACCGAUUCUCAUGGACAUAUGUUAAUGUUUGGAUUUGGAACUGGCCAUAAACGAUUGAGAGAAAUGCCAAAAGAAUUAUUUUUCCAUACUGACUAUCGCCCUCUCGUUAGAGAUGUAAAUUAUUAUGUCCUUGAUGAACAGACACAACUUGCACCAUAUUUAAUGCCUCCGCCAUUUCUCGUUGAUGUUGAUGGAAAUCCUUAUCCACCAUCAAUGCAACGUUUAGUUCCAGGACGAGAAAAUUGUUCAAAUGAACAGCUGGUUCCAGAUAUUAGUGUUGGUGAACAAGCAGAACAACAACAACAACAACAGCAGCAGCAACAAGAAGCUGGUGCUCGAUCGGAAAUAGAUCGUCUCAUUGAGGCUUUAGCAAACCGUCAGAAUAUUAACGAUCAAAUGCCAAAUGCACUUGAUAAUAUUUUUGAAAAUGAUGAAGAUGAUUUACCACAAUUAAAUCGUGUUCAAGCUGUAAGGCCACAAAUUGGAAUUCGUGAUCAAAAUAUGAUUUAUCCAGACAGAUUGAGAACAUAUGUGAAAUCAUUAAAACAUACAAAUCUCUCAUUUAUGAAGAAUGUUGUAUAUUAUGCUGGCAUUUCUGAAAUGGACUUAUAUCGUCGUGAAAUGAAGAAACGACCUUUAAUGAUAAUUACUGGAAAUCCAAACAGUAGUGCAUUAAAUGGUCCACCGCCCAAAAAAUUCGGUCGUGGAGGGCGAAAGAGACGACAGCCUGGAGAUGGAAAUGAUCAAAUGGCAUCAACUAGUGGACUAAAUACAACAAAUAUGAAUAAUAGAACAUCAGCUGUACAAUCAGGGAGAAGAUUAUUAGAUGAUGACGAAGAAAGACUAUCAACAAGUAGUGAAUCGUCAAAUAGUGAUGAUUCAACGGCAGUUGAAGAAGAUUUAGACUUGUCAAGCUCGUCUAGUACGACAGAUGAUAGUUCAGAAUAUUCAGAUUGGAUUGAUGUUGAAGAUCAACAAAAAUUGGAACCACCAAAACGUUCAAAGCGAAAACCAGUCGAAAGACGAACUUAUUCACCAGCUGAUUCUGAUACACAGACGAGUAAAAAGCGUGGUCCUAAAGGAAUUAAGAAAAUUCCAUUAUUGCCAAAUGGUGAAAUUCCAGAGGAAUAUAAACCACCUGAAUGGCUUUCUGAGGUCAUUCCUAAAAAGGCACCCUAUUAUCCACAAAUGGGAGAUGAAGUUGUUUACUUCCGCCAGGGUCACGAAAGAUAUUUUGAGCAUGUAAAGAAUAAGAAGUUAUAUCAAUUGUCUGGAAAAUAUGAGCCAUGGCAACAACUAGAACUACGUGAACAUGAAUUUUGUAAAGUUAUUGGAAUCAAAUAUGAAAUUCGUCCACCAAGGCUGUGCUGCUUAAAACUUGCUCUCAUGACAGACAAAGGAAAUAUGACAAAUAAGCAUUUUACUAUUAAAUACCACGACAUUGCAGACGUUCUUGAUUUCAUCGUUCUUAAGCAAACAUUUGAUACGGCAAUAAGUCGUAAUUGGGGACCAGGUGAUAGGUUCCGUUGUAUGAUUGAUGAUAAAUGGUGGAUUGGUGAAAUUGAAAGUCAUCAAGCACUUCAUGAAGAAUUUCCAGACUCGCUAUUUAUGUGUUUUAAAGUUCGGUGGGAUAAUUCAGAAUAUGAAUUUAUGAGUCCAUGGGAUAUGGAACCGAUUGAUGAUGAUCGACUUCCUGAAAACAUUGGUGGAUCUGUUGCUGUGCUACCUGAAGAAAUUCAAGCAAUCCUUUAUCGUCCAAAAAGUGAGGAAUGGCCAAGAGGAGAUCGUGAAGGAUCUUGUCGUCGUAUUGUUAAUGGUUUUGAGGCAGUUAUGGGUUUGGCGAUCGCUGAUCCAUUCCUAACACCUGUUGAUUUAAAUUCAUAUCCAACUUAUGCUUAUGUUGUUGAAUAUCCAAUUGAUUUGAGCACAGUUAAGUCACGAUUUGAAAAUCAUUUCUAUCGACGCAUUACAUCAGCACAAUUUGAUGUCAGAUACUUGGCAACUAAUGCUGAAAAGUUCAAUGAAAAGCACAGCAAUAUUGUAAAACAUGCACGAAUUAUCACUGAUCUCUGUUUGCGAAUAUUGAGGGAACAUAAUGAUGUAGAUGUUCCUGCAGCUUACCACCAAUUACUUGAUACUUAUCAGUCAUCAGAAAGCGAAGAAGAUAAUCAGGAACAAAGGCCAUCAACAAGUCAGGGAUCUUCGUCCAGAAGAAAUGGAACUAGAAGAUCCAAGCGAUUGGUUCCAACGUCCGGCGACUGGAGAGUAAGAUGUAGAGAAAUCCUACAGUUGAUUUGGAGUCACCAAGAUUCGGAGCCAUUUAGAGAACCUGUUGAUAUCGUGGACCAUCCUGACUACCUUCAAAUCAUCGACACACCAAUGGAUCUCCAGACAGUAAAAGAGGAACUAUUUAGUGGGAAUUAUGAUUCACCAAUGGAAUUUGCAAAAGACAUGAAACUUAUAUUCCAAAAUUCUAGAAGCUAUAAUACAAAUCAGAGAUCAAGGGAGAAUGUCACGAUUUAUGCCAUGACUUUAAGGAUGUCUGAGCUGUUUGAGGAAAAUAUUCGGCCAUUAAUAUCACAUUACAAGUCAAAUAAGCGCGGUAAUCGCAAAGAAAAGACACCAAAGAAACAAAAUAGACGUACAACAAGAAAUAAUGGAAAUGUACCAUCAACAUCUAGAACAAAUCAUUCAACAGAUGAUGAUGAUGAUGAUGAUGAUGAUGACGACGAUGACGAUGAUAAAAUGAAUGGUAAAAAUGGUAGAACUAAUGGACGUACAAGAAGAGUUCAGCCACAAUCAAAUGGUGUAUCCAGCAGUCGAGAUUAUCAAUCAGGUCGUUCAAGGAAUGCUGGUAAGAGUGCAAGAGUACAAUCAAGUGAAGAAAGUGAAUCAACGGAAUCAUCUAGUGACGAUUCAAGUGAUGGAAGUGAAGAAUCUAGUGGAAUUCCAUUAGCUGAACUUGGAAAGCCAUAUACAAGAAGUACGAGGAAAAAGAAUAAAAAACAAAGAAAACAACGAGCGGGUGCUGUAUCAAGUUCAAGCCAGAAAAAAGUUAGGAGAGCAGCAAAACGCCAAAAAAUUGAAUCCGACGAUCAUAACGCAGAAACUGAUGGAGACGAAAAGCCAUUGCAGAAUAAUAUUAAUAACAAUAGUAAUAUUAAUAAUAAUAGCAAUAAUGGAAGUGAUCAUACAAAUGAUGAACAGACUCGAAAACGUAGUGGACGGGAAAGGCGUAUUCAAACUACCUCAGAUGAUGAGCAUAAGCAGCAUACAGGAGAUGAUAUGCGUAGGAAAAGAAUCACAAGACGACCAAAACGUUAUGAAAGUGAUACAAGCUUUCAUGUUGAACGAUCAGGAAGGCGAAAAACGACAGAAACGGAAGAUUCUGAUAAUCCAAGAGCAACUCGUGAGUCAACACGUAAAAAGUUUCAAGAAUGGGCAGUUACAAGUGACGAUAAUGAUGAUGAAGAUUUUGAGGAUAAGCCACAAACAAGUACACAGAGAGGUCGAUCAAGUACAAGACAAUCAGGUCGUAAAAAAGCUAAACGGAAAGUUUUAUCAGACUCUGAACAUAGUGACGAUAAAUCGAGAACAUUGCCAUCAAGACGUUCGACUAGAGUUCAAGUAUCACAAUCUCAAGAUGAUAAUAGUAAUGAUUCUGAGCUACAGAAUCGUCCGAGUACGAGUACAAAUGUUAGACAUAGCAGUCGAUUAAUGAAUGGAAGCUCUAAUGCAUCACAAAUGUCUUUAAGAACAACAAGGAGUUCUUAUGGUCAAGGAAAUUCAUCAUCAUCGUCACUUAGAAAUGAUCAUAACUAUGGAGAACCUUCACAUUCGGCUUUAACUAAUGCAGCACCGCAAACAGCACGACAAACUCGUAGUACAAUAUUAUCACGUCAUCAACGAAAUGCUGAUGAAUUAGAUCGUAGUGGACUUGAGGAUAGCACAUUGACAUCUACAUCAACUACAAAUAGACUUUUACGCUUAAGAAGUGUUAAUUUACGCGCAGCACCUACACCAGCUUCCAAUUUUGAGGCUUUAAAUGGAAUUAGACGUACAACAAGAACUCGUCAAACUCACAACUAUUUUGAAGACGAAAAUGACCUAGAAGAAGAAAGACCCGUUGUUCAGCAAAUCCAAAGUCGAAUUUCUACAAAUCGAACAAGUCGAAUCAUUCCUGAUCGUGCAAGACAACCGACUGUUGACGAUAGUGACAGCUAUUCAGAAGAAGAUAAGACACCAUUAAAAUUAAUGGCAACUAGCUCUAGCAAAAAGACACACAAUCAUAAUACAAGAAAAGGCUCGACAAGUGCAGUCAAUCGUAUCAAACGAAAUCUUUAUUCGGACGAUAAUAACUCUGAUCAGGCUGCGGGACCUUCAUCUGGACGAAAUACACGCAAUCUGAAGCGGCCGCAUUAUAAUGAAGAUAGUGAUGAUGAGAAAUCGAAAAAUACAAGAAGUGCUAAAAAGCGUGCAGUGUCGCAAUCUCAUGAAAGUGAGAGCAGUGAUGAUGAUGAUGACGAAACAGGAGAAACAAGUGUCUCAUCUCGAGGACGAAUUAGAAAACCAACAGCAAAGGCACGAGGAUUUCAUUGAAAAGAAAAAAAAACAAUUAUUUAAUUACUCAAAACAAAGACUGAAUACCGUCAAGAAGAAAUAAGAAUGUUUAAAAGCCCAUCGACUAUCAAAAAAAUGAAACUCAUUCGUUCAGUUCUUACCUAAUUUUGAAUAUUUCUUUUAAGUCUAUUAUCUAAUGUAUAUUCUUUUCUCUCUUCGACUUAGUAGAUGUUAAUUAAUUUAGUUCAUUAUUAAGGUCAUUUUUUACAAGCAUAAUAAUAUCAAAUAAAUCUAUUAUUCGAUAAAUAACAAGUUUGUCUUACUUAUUUUCAUUUCAGCCGUCUUUGUAGAAUUCAUCGACAUUAUGAUGUGAACAAAAAGCGUUAUAA